GUCAGAGCCACUGAAGGAGCUAGCUGUUAGCUGUAGCCCUGCAGCACAAGAAUAAAACCCUCCAGAGGGUGCAGCUUUCUGCCACGAUGCAGAUCAUCAUCUUCUCACACAAACAGCAUCUGAUCAGUCAGUGGAAAGGAUGAAGUGUACGACGCUUUUUCUCGUGCUGUCCAUGGUUGUCCUGAUGGCUCAGCCAGGAGACUGCAUCUUUGGAUGGAUCUUUAAGGGAAUCCAUCAUGCAGUUCACGGCAUUCGCAAAUUGAUUCAUGGGAGGGGAAAAGCUGCAGAAGUGCAAGCAGACCAACAGCAACUGGACCAGGAUCAACUAAACCAGCAACAAGUGGACCAGGAUCAACUAAACCAGCAACAAGUGGACCAGGAUCAAUUAGAUCAGGAUCAACAGGACCAGGACCAGCAGGACCAGGAUCAACAGGACCAGGACCAACAGGACCAGGACCAACAGGACCAGGAUCAACUGGACCAGGAUCAACUGGACCAGGAAGAUCUGGACCAGCAGCAGUUGGACAAACGCUCCUUCCAAUCUGCACGUCGUCGCUUUGAUUAGAUACAAGAGGCCACUGUAGAUAUGCCAGCAGUUCUUGGUUCUAAACAUUUUUCAACCUUCUUUAUGUUGAAUCAGUUCUGAAUACUUUGCUGUUGUGGCAUCUGUUUGCAAAAUGAAAAAUAAACCAACGAAGCUGUACAGAGUGCAGCCAAAGCAUACCGCAUUGUACGUAAAGCUGCAGAGAGUUUUGUCAAAAGUGACAUGCAAAUAAAAUCAUUUUCUGUAACUCUUGA